CCGGCUUUGCGGGCGGCUCUGUGGCGGGGCUUCAGCAGAGAGUCGGAACAGCCUCAGUCCAGCCCCUAACUUUCCACUGUUCCCAUUGGUUGCACAACCGCCCAAUGGGCAAGCAGGAACUGAGAGCGGGCUCUCCCCGCGGAGCGCUGGGCCCCCGUUCGCGCGUCUCGCGAGCGUUACGGUGACUCGGGGAGGCCGCGCCGCUCUGGGUGCUGGUGCUGAGACCAAGGGUGCUGCGAGGGGGCUUGCGAGCCGAGAUACCAUGUUUCGAGCGGCGGUUCCUGGGCCACUGCGACGGGCGGCCUCAUUGCUACGAUUUCAGAGUACUCUGGUAAUAGCUGAACAUGCAAAUGAUACCCUAGCCCCCAUUACUUUAAAUGCCAUCACUGCAGCCAAACGUGUUGGAGGUGAAGUAUCCUGCUUAGUAGCUGGAACCAGAUGUGACAAGGUGGCACAAGAUAUCUGCAAAGUAGCAGGUGUAGCAAAAGUUCUGGUGGCUCAGCAUGAUGCGUACAAAGGCCUCCUUGCAGAGGAACUGACACCAUUGAUUUUGGCAACUCAAAAGCAGUUCAGUUACACACAUAUCUGUGCCGGAGCAUCUGCCUUUGGAAAGAACCUUUUGCCCAGAAUUGCAGCCAAACUUGAUGUUGCCCCAAUCUCUGAUAUCAUUGCAAUCAAGUCACCGGACACAUUUGUGAGAACUAUUUAUGCAGGAAAUGCUUUAUGUACAGUGAAGUGUGAUGAGAAAGUGAAGGUGUUUUCUGUCCGAGGAACAUCUUUUGAAGCUGCAGGAACAAGUGGAGGUAGUGCCAGUUCUGAAAAGGCUUCAAGUACUUCCACAGUGGGGAUAUCAGAAUGGCUUGAUCAGAAAUUAACAAAAAGUGAUCGACCAGAGCUAACUGGUGCCAGAGUGGUAGUAUCUGGCGGUCGAGGCUUGAAGAGUGGCGAGAACUUUAAGUUGUUAUAUGACUUGGCAGAUCAACUACAUGCUGCAGUUGGUGCUUCUCGUGCUGCUGUUGAUGCUGGCUUUGUUCCCAAUGACAUGCAAGUUGGACAAACAGGAAAAAUAGUAGCACCAGAACUUUAUAUUGCUGUAGGAAUAUCCGGAGCCAUCCAACAUUUAGCUGGGAUGAAAGACAGCAAGGUAACUACACAGCAAUAA